CAUUAUUAUUGUAUUUCAUUUCCCUUAAAAGUAGCAGCAGUGGAGGACAUUUAUGAAGGGACAGAUGCAAUCCUGUCAUGGCGUGACUAUGGCAGAUUUUCUUUCAGCUUUCCUGGUUUGCUCUGGUUGGGAGCUUGUGUUCUGAGAGUCUGAAAAGCAGAAGAGAUGGUUGAUUCUGUUGCCGAUGUGGAUCUCUCGACGGUGGAGUUCAGCCUGCACAACAACGUCAAGGCUCUUCUCAAAGACAUGAGCAGCCGAAGAAAUUCACAGAAUGGAGUGCUUCGAUGGAGUCUUCAGAAGAAGCUGGAGGCCCAUCCAUCCUGCAGCGCUUCACUGAUCCAGAUUCUGGUCAAAGAGCUGGACCAGAAGCGGAAGAGGGCUAGCAAGAAUCAUACAAAAAGAUCCUACACGCAUAUCAUCCCAGUGCUGCACACUCUCUACUAUGCAGUUAUUCAGUCAGGUGUCAUGAUUCCUACUAGUGUUUACCAGACGGUGUACGAGUGUUUGAUGAAGCUGCUGAUAUUACCACGUCCUUACUCUGCUGUGGCCCUGAGCACUCUGAGGAGCAUCAAGAUGGAAAUGACCACACCAGGCUCUUUAUAUCAGAGGACAGUCACUGCGGAGCAAAACUUGCAGAAAGAGCCUUUCACCUUGAAGGAAAAGGUGUUUGUGCUUGCUGACCCUGCUGUGUUUUCUGCUCCACUGGAAGCAGCAGUAAGAGCACACUUGGAGGCGUCCAGCAGCUUUACCAGGGACACAUCAACCGUGGAGAAAAAUGUGGUGCUACGUGUGCUGAAGAUGGGCCUGGGGACGACCUGCAAUAGCUCCAGACUGGCUCAGGCUCUGGAGGCUCAGGAACAUAUGGUAGAGAAAUAUUUCCAGGAAGUGGUUCUAGCCGUGGAGAAGAGUUUGAAGCAUGGUGCAAGUGGUCGUGCAAACUAUCUGAACAAACUACAACACAUAUACAGAGACAUCGUGACUGUCUCUAAAGAAGGAACCAAGCUAGAUCACGGUUCUGCGUGCAGCACUUCAAUGCCCUUUCCAGAGAUCAACUUCCUCUUGUGGAAAGACAAAGAGGAUCUAUGGACUCUGCUGGCAAACUUCAUCAUGAGUUCCUGUAACUCAGCUAGUGUUGAUGACGAAGAGAAGGACAAAAGAGAUUCAGUUCGCUCUGACGACAGUGGGAUCCAGAGAGAUCUGAAGGACAGUGACUUUGAUGACACAGUGAAGUCUCCAGUCACAAACCCUGUGCCGGCAUUCACACGGAGAAAUGCUUUUAAGGCGUCCAUGAAGCCAUCAGAUCAAAUAAGCCUACUGAAGGAGAAGAUAAACAAAGUUCAUGGAAGCUCUACCGUCAUUAAAGAAGACACAAGGCAUCACACAGCACGGGUCGUGGUACUGGGAGACGAUCGUGCGAUGGGAAGACUUGCCAGGGCGUAUUACUCGAUUCGAGAAAGAGAGUCAAAACAUCUUAUUUUGACCAAGAAACUGAACCUACGAUUGUACUACAUCCCAGUCACUGAUGUGCAGCCUUCGCUCAGUUCAGCUGAUACCCCAUGUCAGGAUGAAGGCAGACUGGCUCUCGCCUCCUUAUUGGGAAGAGUGGAUCCAUGGUACAACAGCAACAUCAACAGUCUGGGACCUGCAAUCUCCCAACUGGCUGAAACGCAAUCGAAUCACAGCGAGCCAGCGGAGCAAAGUCUCUUCCUGCUGGACAGCCUGUGUUACUACCUUCGCUGUGGGACGCAGCUAGUUAACCUGCCGCUCUAUUCAGUUAAGAUGACCCGCUCCAGCUGUGAUGUGGUGGAGGAGGUGUUUGUGUCCCAUCUGGAGGCCGACAUCCCAGAGUUCAGACACCUUAAAGAAAGGUUCUUAAAGGAGCGGUCAGCACGCCGAAGGAAGUCAACAGUGGUCUUUGGGGAGAUCAUCUCAGUCAGUUACACAAAGAUGUCUUUAAGCAAACGAGAAGUUGUAAAGGGAAAGGCGCCCAUGACGUGUGGCGUGGUGAUUACAUCAGAGCCGGCUGCUGUAACAUCAGGCGAGGAUCAUCUUACUGUCAGGUUUGACAGUGUGAACCCAGUACACAACACAGUGAUCCAAACCCAGAACAUCAGCUUCAGGACGAUGGAGCAUCGAACUUUCUCCGUGUGUGUGGACAGGGACUCCCGCAGGACAUACAACGACGUUCAAAGGGUAGAAAUCUCUCCGUGCCUGAACCCAGGAUGCAGCGUCUGGUCCAGUGUGAGCCAGGAGCGAGAGCAGCUGUUCAGCAAGUAUGUGGACAAAGUCCUGUCGCUGCCGAUCAACACCUUCACCGGUGUGUGAGCCGUCCACUGCUGUACAUAAUGCUCUACCGACACCAGAUUGAGUGUUACAUAGUGUUAGACAAUUUAGUUACAAGCAGUAUAUAAGUAUUUGAUGAAUAGUUUAUAACACACUAUAGUGUAUUUGUAAGCAGAUAUAAGUGUUUAUUAUGCAUUUGUCCUGCAACGCAUUCUCAUGAACAGGUUCGUAUGAUAUCGUACGAAAACUUAUGCACAAC